AUGUCCGAUCAACAUGUCGUACACGUUCGUAGGACCGAUGCGGAGGGAUCUUUCGUACUCGUAAACGUCGCCCGCAACGGGGCCUUGCCGCUAGAUGUGAGGCUUGUUGGAACGGAAGGCGAGAACCCGUACGUUGGGUCAGUCAGGCAGAGCCAGAUCAACCAGCUGCGAGCACACAACUAUCAAGGGAGCGAAGACGAGUGGAAGACCGUCCUCGAAAAAUGUUUACUGCACAAGCCGGCCAUUGGUGAUUAUGCAGCGGUACUUGAAGGCCUUGAGAUGGUGGCAUCAGUGGGGGAGGACAAUCAGAUCACGCUCACUCUUCGCAAGAACAUUAGUGGCAUAACGCAACGUCUUGGUGCUAUAUCCCUAAGGCUCGAGGAAGAUGAAGCCAUCGAACUUUUCAACUGGACUGCGGCCGCCGCGCAGUCAGCCAGCAGAGUUAGAGAUGAGGUGGCAGAUCUAAGAGUACAGUUGAAUGCGCAGCAGGACACUGUCAACAAGCUGAACGCGCAGCUGCAAGAUCUUAUCCAGGCCAAGCAGGACCACGAAAACGCACUACUAGAGAAAUUCAAAGAUCUGCUCAACGCCAAGAAGCUGAAAAUCAGAGACCAGCAGAGACUGCUGGCGCGUGCAAAGACGGGACCACCAGCAGUAGCAGAAGCACAGCAGCCAAAAGAAGCACCCAAGGGCCGAAGAGCUGGUCCAUCCCGGACAUCGAAGCGCAAAGCUAAAGGGAAGGCUAGUGCUGUCGUAUCUAAGUCUGAGGAUGACAAGAUGCGAAUGGACGAGGAACAUACCGAAGAGGCUAGAGAGGAGGAAGAAGCGAUGCCUGAGGCUGUGACACCAGAUAGAACCGAGACAGAGACAGAGGAUGAAGAUGGCUUUGCAGCGCCACCAGCAUCACAACCCUCUCAAUCAGCCACUGCAGGUGUCGGUUCUAAAGGAAAAGCCAUCGAAGUGGCAGUGACGAAGGAGAUGGAGCAGGCAACCCCUGAGCUACCACCUCCGAGGCGCGCGCUUCCGUUUGCCAACAAGAAGCCACAGAACCAGCCGGCUAAAGCAGCGGGUUCAGCGCCACAAGCUGCGAUUGCGGAUGAUGAAGAGACGGAUGAUGAGCUCUGA